CCGACGGCACGGAUACGCGCACUCCAGAUCCCGUCCUCUGCUAGACAUGGCGGCGGAUCUAAACCCAGACUGGCUCUCCUGCCUGCCUUCUUCUUGGAGUUAUGGGGUUACUCGGGACGGAAGGAUAUUCUUCAUCAAUGAAGAAGCCAAGAGUACGACCUGGCUGCAUCCCGUCACCGGAGAGGCCGUCAUAACGGGGCACAGAAAAACCCCAGAUUUACCAACGGGAUGGGAGGAGGGAUAUACGUUCGAAGGAGCCCGCUGCUUCAUCAAUCACAAUGAGCGGAAGGUGACCUGUAAGCAUCCAGUCUCUGGUCUUCCUUCACAAGACAACUGCAUCUUUGUCGUCAACGAACAUGUGACUUCUGCAAAGCUUGUCCACCCCGUUACAGAUCCUGUUACGGUCAACCCUGUUACGGUCAACCCUGUUACGGUCAACCCUGUUACGGUCAACCCUGUUACGGUCAACCCCGUUACGGUCAACCCCGUUACGGUCAACCCCGUUACGGUCAACCCCGUUACGGUCAACCCCGUUACGGUCAACCCCGUUACGGUCAACCCCGUUACGGUCAACCCCGUUACGGUCAACCCCGUUACGGCCAAUCCGGUUACAGACCCUAUUACAGACCCUGUAUCAAACAGGCCUAAGGCUCCAGAGCAGGCUCCAUCAGAGGAGAGUGACAGAGUGAAGAAGGAGCGCCCGAUGAGCACCAUGAGCGAGGCGUCUAACUUCACAGGAGGGUCAGACUAUAGCACCUACCCUGGCAGCAGCCCCGCAACACGGCCUUCGAGGUCUUACAAAAAGGUCCAUAACUUUGGCAAGAGGUCCAACUCUAUUAAGAGGAACCCCAAUGCCCCGGCGGUCAAGAGCAACUGGCUUUACAAACAGGACAGCACGGGGAUGAAGCUAUGGAAGAAGAGGUGGUUUGUGCUGUCUGACAUGUGCCUGUUUUACUACAGAGAUGAGAAGGAGGAGGGCAUCCUGGGUAGUAUCCUGCUGCCCAGCUUCCACAUCUCCAUGCUGUCUGUCGACGACCACAUCAGCAGGAAAUACGCCUUCAAGGCGACCCACUCCAACAUGAGGACAUAUUACUUCUGCACAGACACGGCCAAAGACAUGGAGUCCUGGAUGAAAGUGAUGACGGACGCAGCCCUGGUCCACACAGAGCCAAUCAGAAGACUGGAUAAGUUGAAGGUGGACCGCUGCUGUCCCCAGGAGGUGAACAACAUCCUGAACCACAACCGGGUCUUGACCAGACCAGAAAUCCAGAACAACGAGAGGAACCGUGAGCCGCGCCAGCCCUCCCUCACCUGCAGCAUGGACCGCACGGACGGGGACAGGAAACACAACACCCUCCAGAGAGAGAGGGAACGCUACACGCUGCAGAAAGACGGAGAGAGGUACUCCCUUCAGAAAGACGGGGUGAGCUACACGCUGCAGAGAGACGGAGAGAGGUACCUGUUGCAGAAAGACGGAGAGAGGUACGCCCUGCAAAAAGACGGGGAGCGGUAUUCCUUGCAGAAAGAUGGAGGCGAACGAUAUGCUGUGCAGAAAGAUGUUCAAAUGGAGAAAUACGCACCUCAGAAAGAUGGGGAGAAGUACUUGGUGCAGAAAGAUGGAGAGAGAUAUGCACUGCAAAAAGGAGAGAGAUACACCCUCCAAAAAGAUGGACAGACAUACAACCACCAGAAAGGGGUAGAGAGACAAACGUCUAUGACUGAGAAAGAUCGGUCAGAUCGUUAUGGGACCCUUGAUGAAAGACAGAAGUAUAAAACCCUACGGGAAGGAAGUAAGUGUGGUACCCUGAGGGAUGGAGAUAAGUAUGGGACGCUCGAUAAGUAUGGUACCCUUAGGGAAGUGGAUAAGUAUGGAACCCUCCGUGAAGGGAACAAGUAUGGAUUCCAGAGGGAUGGCAGUGCUGAGAGGCCUCUGACUAAAAUCAACAGCAUCAAGCUCCAACCAGCCCAGGCAGCAGCCAUCGCAGCAGCAGUUACAGCCUCCCGCCAGUUACAGGUCUCCCAGCACAUGGCCCCACCACAGGUCAACGGCUCUGGGGAGCGGGCUGGUGACCACAGCCCAGGGGAGGUGGUAGGCACCCUGGGGAGAGGAGCAGGAAAGGCCCAGGAGCCGCCUCAGAACCAGACCCAGAACCAGCAGGCCCAGGAGCCAGAGAAGAGUCUGACCAGAACCAACUCCAUGAGGCAGCUGGAGAACUGGGUUAGGACCCAGAGGACACAAGAGGAUGACGAUCUUAGGAGCAUCACCUCCUACCAGACCUUGCCCCGCAACAUGCCCAGCCACCGUGCCCAGAUCGUUCCCCGCUACCCCGAGGGCUACCGUACCCUCCCCAGGAACAUGCUGUCCCGACCUGAAAGCAUCUGCAGCGUGGCCGGCUCCGUCUAUGACCGCGCCCUGGCUCCCACAUCCAACUCAGACAAGAGGCGCUCCAUGAGGGACGACACCAUGUGGCAGUUGUAUGAGUGGCAGCAGAGGCAGGCCUUCUCCAGGCAGGGCCCACCACCACCAGGCCACUACGGGACCCUGCCCAGCCCCAAGACCAUGGGGAACAUCUCUGUGCACCAGGGGGUGGCCCACUCCAUCCCCACAUCCCCCUCCCAUGGAUCCCUGGCCCUCUACCACACCUUCUCCCCUCCGGGCCAGCACCGCAGAGACAACCCACCAGGGUCAACCAGGUCUGAGGUGUCCUCACCCGUCUUCAGAGGGGACCAGACUAUGACUAUAGACCGCAGGCACAGGACUCACCUCACCAAGUAUAACUACCCACCUGACCGCCGGUCCAUGCCAGCAGGCAUCCCAGUGCAGACCAUUACCCCACAGUCACUACAAGGCAAGACGCCAGAGGAGCUGACCCUGCUGUUAAUAAAGCUGCGUCGGCAGCAGGCUGAGCUCAACAGCAUCCGGGAGCACACUGUGGCUCAGCUAAUGAUCCUUAGCAUGGAGGGGCCCAACGCCAAGAGUGAGGUCCUGUCUCAUCACCUUCAGAGGAACCUCAUGUAUCUGGACAGCCAGACGAAGGACAAUGAGCCGUUAAUCUUCAUGAUUCACACUAUGAUUGAGAACUCUGCUCCAAGGCCUCAACUGUACCAGCAAAUCAGCCCUGAGGACUACAAAGACAACUCCUACAGCCACCAGAGGCCAGAAGACAUCGACAUAGACACUAAGCUGAGCAGACUAUGUGAGCAGGACCAAGUGGUGAGAACACAGGAGGAGAAACUACAGCAACUACACAGAGAGAAGCACACCCUGGAGACGGCUUUGCUGUCUGCCAGUCAGGAGAUAGAGCAGAGCUCUGACAACCCAGCAGCCGUACAGAGCCUUAUACAGCAGAGAGACGUACUGCAGAAUGGACUGCUCAGUACCUGUAGAGAACUGGCACGGGUCAACACUGAGUUGGAGCGGUCGUGGAGGGAGUAUGAUAAAAUGGAGUCUGGCGUCUCUCUGGCCAAAACCAACCUGUUGGAACAGCUAGAGACCCUGGGCAGCCCACAGACAGAACCUCCCAGCCAGCAGCAUGUCCAGAUCCAGAAGGAGCUGUGGAGGAUCCAGGAUGUGAUGGAGGCUCUGGCCAAGAACAAACCCCAGAGGACCACUGACACUGGUUUCCUUGGUUCCAAACCCAUCUCAAACCUACAGAAGAACGAGCCGGUGACCUUGUUCCGGUCACUCUGUCCUCUCACGGAGGGUGACCGUCAGCCCCCCCGCCCACCCCUGCCCCAGUCCUACGGCUCAACAGAGCGCCCUCCUGCUGUACCCCCCCUUCCCUCCCCCUCGGGCACCCGUCCGCCACCACACACAAGCAAGCACGGCCAGAGGAACGGAACACACAGCAGUCAAGGCCCAGACUACCGUCUGUAUAAGAGUGAGCCAGAGCUGACCACUGUAGCCGAGGAGGUGGACGAUAACAACGGAGAGGACAAUGACAAGGACAGACUACAGACAGGGCUGACCACAGACAAGGAGCCUGCGGCCACUAAAGUCCCAUUAGGAGUACCAGUCUACCCAGUGGGUAUCGUGCCAUCCAGGACCAAAUCCCCCAUGAGCCCCCCAGAGUCCUGCACCAUCGCCUCCUACGUCACCCUGAGGAAGAGCAAGAAGCCUGACCCCAGGACUGACCGUCCUCACAGUGCGGUGGAGCAGACAUGCGGACCGGGGGAGCGGGAGAGCGGCAGAGCCAGGAUGAGUGUAGAGGAGCAGCUGGAGAGGAUCAGGCGACACCAGCAGGCCUCGCUCAAGGAGAAGAAGAGAAGUAGCAGCAGUAUUUCCCCCUCACGCUCGCCAUCCUUCUCCAAGGAGAACCCCUUCAUUACACAGGUCAGGCGAGAGGUGGUGUUCUCCACAGACACCCAGGAGCUGGAGGCAGCACUGCAAGACCUGGAGGAGGUCAGAGACCGAGUUACAGAGCAGCUGGAGAGGGACAGGACUGCAGCCGUGGAGCUGGAGAGAGACCGAGGUGCAGAACUGGAGCUGGAGAGAGACAGGGCUGCAGCAGCUGCUGAAGAAGAAAUGGAGAGGGGUCGAGCUGCAAUAGAAAAGCUGGAGCGAGACAUGACUGAGGUGGCUGCAGUGGUGGAGCAGGAGAUGGCCAGGACUGCUGUGGCUGUAGAAGAGGAGAUGGACAGGGCCUCAGAAUUGGAGCUGGAGAGAGACCGGGCCGCAGUAGCAGCAGCUGCAGAAGAAUUGGAGAGAGCUAGAGCUGCAGCUGAAGAACUAGUCAGAGAGAGGACUGCAGUGUCUUCAGAAGAGGCGCUAGAUAUUGACAAGGCUGCAGUGGUGGGGCUGGAGAUGGAAAUCACUGUGGUGGAAGAGAUCAGCUACAGAGCUGAGGAGGUGGAUGUCAUCCCUGUCCCCAGGCUGAGUGGGGAGGAGCCACAGCCCCAGACGGAGAGCUCCAACAUGGACACAGAGGUGUCAGAGACCCAGAUGAUGGUGAUAUCAGAUCAGGGUGUGAAGCCCCUGUAUGUACAGUACCUGAUCCCUGGACAACAUCAACAGCACGGGGAGAGGGAGACGAAGAGGAGAAACACCCACACUCCCAACACCCUCAUUCCCCUCAACAGUUUGCCAGCUGCUGUGUCAGAAGCACUGACUCCUGAACCUGAGGAGGAUGUGAUGCAGAGUGAGGCGACGCGAGGGGAGGCCCCGGAGCAUGAGACCCAGGGGAACAACAUUGACAUAUCCUAUGAACUACCAGCAGAGGGAGCUAAACUCAACAACAACCUGAUGGCAGUGAAAAGCCUGCCCUGUCCGCCCCAGUCCUCCUCUCCUUCUCCUCCUCAACUCACUGACGGAUCCCACUUCAUGUGUGUGUAGACGUGUCGAGGAGGUGGUUAUGUGAACUGAACUACACUCACCCAGACAUUGACCUUUGUGAGCAGUGACUCAUAAGCGAUGCCAGUCUGAAGAUCCAAGAUGGCAUCCUACAGAGCCAAGAUGGCACCAGCCAGCCUGCACAGAGCAUGCCCAGUAGCUCUCUGUGUGUAUACAGUAGAAACGACUUUAGCCAGACAGACAGAAAGAGUAGAUGCACAGGCCUGCUCGUAUUACUUACUGCCUGCCUACACAAUAACUGCGAUACAAAACUCUCAUUCACACAGAGAUCUCAGAGGACAAGAUAGUAUUACAGAGUGAUAAUUGAUUAUUAUUAUUACAGGUAUUAUGAUGGUCUGUUAUUUUGGACAUGUUCUGUGAGGAUGCGUUGAGUGUCUGAGCUGAGCACUGCUGUAACGAGGAGAGGACUGUACAGUUGUAAAUAAGAACACUAGAAGAGUCUCACACUGGGAAGAUCUCAAUUGCAUACUCCUCGCGUCCUGUCUCCUCGUCUCUUUCUCAAAACCCACUGGAGGAGAAGGUCAGAGGGGAGGGACCUCUGGCUUUCUAAUCCAAUGGAUUUUGAGAAGAAGACGAGGACCUGAGGACUUGAGGAGUAUGCAUUUGAGAUCGUCACACACUAUGGAGAGGGCCAAGCACCAAAUCUACACACACGAAGGCAGUGCUUUGCUUUAACCACACUGAGGUGCCAUAUUCUCUUGCGGUUUGAAAAAAAACCCUGUUUUUUUCUCCCAUUUAAGUUUUUAACGUGAGGCCCUAAAAGUUUAAUUUUCCACAUAUUUUACACUGCACAUUCCCCCAUUGUUCAAACAAGUUGUUAAUAUAUAAAUAUAUAAAACAUAUAGAAUGAACUAUCUAUACAAUGGGUUUAUACUUCAAUAAGGUGCCACCCUAUUGCUGCUGAUGGACAGAGUUGAAAUAUUUUAUUAAGGUUGUGUUUAUUUAUGUCGGAGGAUCGGGAUCUGGUCGCCGCCGACAACCACAUGUGAAUGUCCUGGGUUAGAAUCGAUCUGCUUCUCUGUUUUUUUUCUAUGGCUGAGAUAUAUUUAAAGUAAAAUAUAGAUGAAAGAUAAAAUAGUUUUAUGAGAUUAGGGUUGUGUGUUAGAUUCUGUCUGGUUGUGUGUUAGAUUCUGUCUGGUUGUGUGGAGUCCUGGACAGAGAGAAGAGAAUAGCACAUGUAUAAGCAAUAAGCAGGCAUUUUGUUCCUCUAGGACUUCAAAUAUAAUGUACAUAAAUGUAAAGUUUCAUUGUGUAAAUGAUGUACACCAUAGAAAGAGCAGAGCAGAAAUUGUAACUGAGGUUAUUAUUAUUAGUUAAUAUGCAAAAUGUUCAUAUCAUCUGUUUUAUAUCAUGUGAAAUAAAUGUUGAUGUUUUUA